CCCGAAAAGCCUUUUGUCUUUCUUCUCUCUCUAUCAUCUCUCCCUUCUCUACCAAAUAAAAACUCUCUCUUUCUCUCUCUAUAAUACAUAACUAAUAUAUAUACAUCAUCAAAUCAAGAGCGCGUCUCUGCGCGUCGUCAGUAUGUUAUUAUAGAGACGCCAUUGAAAUUGUGUUAAAUCGGGUUUGAUUCGCCUAUCCUCCUCAGAUCUUAUUAGUCUUACGAGAUUCGGCAUCUGGGUUUUAUUCUUCUUCUUAUUUGCAGAGAGAUAGAGAGAGAGAGAGAGAGAGAGGAGCAAAAUGCAAUCGGAUAAUGGAAAGCUUUUCAUCGGUGGGAUAUCUUGGGACACCAAUGAGGAACGCCUCAAGGAGUAUUUCAGCAGUUUUGGUGAAGUGAUCGAGGCUGUCAUCUUGAAAGAUCGUACCACUGGUCGUGCUCGUGGCUUCGGUUUUGUUGUCUUUGCUGAUCCUUCUGUUGCUGAGAUUGUUAUCACCGAAAAACAUAACAUUGAUGGCCGUUUGGUUGAAGCUAAGAAAGCUGUUCCCAGAGAUGAUCAAAACAUGGUUAAUAGAAGCAACAGCAGCAGCAUCCAAGGUUCUCCCGGUGGUCCAGGUCGCACUAGGAAGAUUUUUGUUGGAGGCUUACCUUCUUCGGUUACAGAGAGUGAUUUCAAGACUUAUUUUGAGCAGUUUGGAACAACUACUGAUGUGGUUGUUAUGUAUGAUCACAACACACAAAGGCCUAGAGGUUUCGGUUUCAUAACCUACGAUUCCGAGGAGGCCGUUGAAAAGGUACUGCUCAAGACGUUCCAUGAACUAAAUGGUAAAAUGGUUGAGGUUAAGCGAGCUGUUCCAAAGGAGUUAUCUCCAGGUCCAACUCGCAGCCCGCUUGGUGCAGGUUACAGCUACGGGGUUAAUAGGGUCAAUAACCUCCUUAAUGGAUAUGCUCAAGGGUUUAAUCCUGCAGCAGUUGGAGGCUAUGGACUUAGGAUGGAUGGUCGUUUCAGUCCUGUUGGUGCUGGAAGAAGCGGGUUUGCAAGCUUUAAUUCUGGCUACGGGAUGAAUGUGAACUUCGAGCAGGGAUUGCCCACAGGGUUCAAUGGAGGUACAAACUUCAGUGGCAACGUUGACUAUGGCCGAGGAAUGAGCCCUUACUACAUUGGUAACACAAACCGGUUUGGUCCUGCGGUUGGCUAUGAAGGGGGAAAUGGAGGAGGAAACUCAUCCUUCUUCAGUUCGGUUACACGGAACCUUUGGGGGGGAAACAAUGGGGGUCUUAACUAUAACAACAACACUACAAACUCAAAUUCCAAUACAUACAUGGGAGGAUCAUCAAGUGGGAACAACACACUUAGUGGUCCAUUUGGCAAUUCGGGAGUCAAUUGGGGUGCUCCUGGAGGAGGUAACAAUGCUGUUAGUAAUGAGAAUGUCAAGUUUGGUUAUGGAGGAAACGGUGAAUCUGGUUUUGGGUUGGGAACCGGUGGUUAUGCAGCAAGAAACCCAGGGGCUAACAAGGCAGUACCAUCGUCUUCAUUCUCUUCUGCUUCGGCAACCAACAACAGUGGUUACGAUGCAGCAGGACUCGCAGAGUUUUAUGGGAAUGGUGCAGUUUAUAGUGAUCCCACAUGGAGAUCACCAACUCCUGAGGCAGAAGGGCCUGCUUCUUUUAGCUAUGGGAUUGGAGGAGGGGGUCCUUCUUCAGAUGUUUCAGCUAGAAGUUCGUCUCCAGGUUAUGUUGGCAGUUACAGUGUGAACAAGAGACAAUCAAACAGAGGAAUUGCUACUUAGUACAAUCGUUUUUGUUUUACCACGAUAUUGUAGGCGAGCCAUCACGGUGAACGAUCUGUGUCUUUUGGCGAAUCUUUUAGAUUAUCUUCUCCUUCAUACAAAUUAUGCCCAUGAGGACGAAACUUGAUCAUAUCAUCAAUCAGCUAGAGCUAACCAGAGAAUCCCGCAGAUUUUUCUGUCAUGGUUUGGUUUUCUAAAUUCAUUGUUCCUCCUAGGCUAUUUCUGCUUUCUUUUUUUCUAUUUUUGUUUUCUUUUCUUCUUUCAAUGAGGGAUAGAAGAAACUGUAUCAGUCUCCGGCGAGGCGGGUAAUACAUAAGAAGAGUUCAAAACCCAAAAAAAAAAACCAAAAAAAAAAAAAAAAAANAAAAAAAAAAAAAAUGAUCCUUCUUCCUCAGUUUUCUUCAUUGUCAUGUAAUGGUUCUUCUUCUUUUUCUUCUUCUUCUUGGGGGUUAUGGUUAAGGUUUGUGUUUUUGAGGCAGAUUGUACUAGAGUUUAAGUUUCUUUUGAUUUUGUCUCUUUUUUUUAAGUCUUUUGUUUUUGAUAGUGUGAGAUAUGGAAAGAGGAUUUAGCCAUGUAGGGCUUUCGAGAGAAUAAGUCUUUUUAUCACUAUGAGAUUAUUUUGUUCUCAAGCUGUUUGUAUGUCUUAUGCGAACGCAAGCAAAACUCGUUUCUGUUGAUGUACUUCUAUUUUAUAGAAACUAUAUUUUUAUGUUUUCUUCUUGA